AAUAGUAUUGCGUAUCUUUUCUUGCAUUCAUUUUUUGCUUGACUCUGCUUCGAUCUGUUUGUUUUUGCCAAGCUUCUGUGAUCCCCCCAUCGUGAUCAAUUGCAUACACGAACAUUGUAUUUUGCUGGGAAGUCUAUUGCAUGUAUUUUUGAGAAUACAAUGGUGAUGGAAGAACAAGUAUCGGAUAUGGAGCUAGCCUCAGAAAGUAUACCGGUUCCUCAAGUGCAGGAACCGAUAGUCGAUACUAUUAAGCGGACCAACAAAUCAGGCAUUUCACGUGGUAAGCCAAGGCUAAGAAAAAAAGCAUUGCAUGCCUCCAUACUGAAGCAAAUGGAAUUCUACUUCAGCGAUGCGAACUUGAGCAAAGAUCGUUAUUUGUCUGGACUCUUAAAAGAAAGUCCUUAUAUAAAUCUUGAAGUAUUCACAAGAUGUAAUAAGUUACGUGAACUAACUACAGACAUAAAUAGGAUAGCUAAGGCUCUAGAAGGAUCGACCAUAUUAAAAGUAUCCGAGGAUGGUACAAAGGUCUCUCGAAUAACACCAAUUGAAGGAAAGGAAAAUGUUGAUGAGUGCACAGUAUAUGUACAAAAUCUACCUCCAGAUGCUGAUCAUGACUGGUUGAUAUCGAUUUUCUCUAAAUUUGGACCAGUAGACUACGUCUCGAUUCCACGUUAUAAGAGUAAUAGAAAAAUAAAAGGAUUUGCAUUUGUGGAAUUUGAUUUGCCAAGUAGUGCUCAAGAAUGCAUUAAGAUGUUCCGAAAAAAGGGAUGUGUUUUACCAUCAUAUACAUCUCCUAAUGAGGUAUUAAGUAUAACCACAUUUGAGGAACCUAAAAAAAUUAUUGGAUAUGUUAUAGAAUCUAAGAAAAAAACGAAAAAUAAUGACACAUUAGAAACAUCCAAUAAAGAAAUAGAAAAUGAAAAUAACAUCCGCGAAGUGAAUACAGAUGAUAAUAGUAAACAAAAUUUUAAAAAAAGAAAAUAUUCUUCAGAAAAAUCAUUCGUUACAGAUGAAAAUGUUAUCAACAUUAAAAUCAAGAAGAAAAAAAGAGAAGAAUCGGAAGACAAAGAUAAUGAUAAGACUUGUGAUAAUGAAACAGAUGCAGCAGAUAACAAUGAUAGACAAAAUACAAAAAAAAGAAACAUAAUUCAAGAAAAAUGUUUGUUAGCAGAACGAAAACAAUAAUAAAAUCAAAGAAAAAAAUAAAAAACGUUUUAGAAUACAAAAAUUAUAAACAGAUUACCAGAUCAACAAAAUGAAGAAGGAAAGCCAUCAAAAAAAGAAUCUGAAAACAAAGAUAAUAUUUGUGAUAAUGAAACAGAUUACAAUGAUAAACAAAAUACAAAAAAAAGAAAGCAUAGUUCAGAAAAAUUGUUUCUUGCAGAUGAAAGCAACAUUAAAUCCAAGAAAAAGAGAAAAACUAUAGAUCAAAGCAUAACAGAUCAGCAUAAUGAAAAAGAGACGGUGUCAAAAGAAGAAUUUGAAGAUAAUAUUUAUAAUGAAAUAGAUACAACAGAUAAUGGUCAACAAAAUCUAAAGAAAAGAAAACUUACUUCAGAAAAAUUAUGUAUUAUAGACGAAAAGGAUACCAAAGUCAGCAUUACUGGAAACAAUACAGAAAAUCAAGAAAUUCCAACUAAAAAUCGCAAUAAAAUCACAGAAAAAAAGAAGAGAAUACUUACGAUAAAUGAUACGAUUACUGCGGAAGAUACACAUGGAGAAGUAGUAAAAAAAGACUGCCAAGAACUAGUGACAAAAUAUGAUAGCAAUGAGACCAACAAAGCAAAUGCUUCAAUUGAAAAACAUUCCACAAGAGAUUUCAGCACGGCUAAUAGCGAUAUUGAGGAAGUUAGUAUUGAUGAAAGAAAGAAGAAAAAGAAUCGGAAAAAGAGAAGUAAAAUUCAGGACAAUGAUAUCUGUAGUAUGAUAGGAUUGCAAAUAAUGGCAAAGACAGAUUGGAAACGUCUUAGAAAUAGAUACUUAGAUUUGCAACGAAGUAAAAUGUCACAAUUGAAAUCGCAUCUGAGAAAAACUGAGAUGGAAAGAGACGGAAUUAUGACAAAAAAAGGAUGGCAUUGUGAUAAAUUAAAUCAAGAAAAUGAUAAUGAAAAGCUUGAUGAGGAAGAAAAGCCUUAUGGACGUGUUAAUUAUGCUCCAGGAAUUAUAGUGAAAAUCGAAAUGAAUGAGCCUUGCAUAGAUAUACAGGGUUUCAAGAUGGAAUUAAAGAAUCAUAGUUCUGUGAAAUAUAUAGAUAUAACACCCAAUUCUUGUGAAGCUUUUGUGAGAUGCGAUACAGCAGAAGCUGCGCAAUCAUUCGCGCAGAAGAGCUAUGAAGGAAGACGUUUGACUGUUUUAGAAGGUGAUGAGGAGACAUCAUAUUGGGAUAAAAUAUCGCGAGAUAGGCUGGAGAAAAUGGGUAAAAAGAAAAGAGUUAAGCAAAGAGGACGGAACAAACUAUUGAAACGAGCAGAGAAAGAACUUGGAAAAUGUAUAAAAUUUGAUCAAGAUUAAUUUAAAGUAUUAUCUAAUUUUGUAAAAUUGUUGCAUCCAUAUAUUGUGUUGUAU